ACAUUAGUAGGGUAAAUACCGUAAGAUAAGCUAAAAUAAUAUGUAAUACAAUUCAGAGAGAUAGAAAGAGUACAGAGACAAAAAAGAGUAUUGCUUUUGAGAAAUACAAUAUCAUCACUCUCCAUUCAAAGUGCUAAUGAUUAAACUUGUUAAGUUAAAACCAAAAAGCAUCAAAUAAGUUGGUUAGGGCCAUGGGUAGAGUACAAGGUUUAAUUUUCAAAGAGUACUUUCAAAGAGAGAUCAAAAAACUUUUUUUUUUUUUGGGUAUCCAAACACCAAUACCAUACUCUAUUUGCCAAGUACCCCCUUAUAACAUUCCCACAUCCCUAAAUUUAUUAACUUGGAAGCUACCAAACAUUGCCUAACUUGGCAAAAACUUCAACCAUAACAAUUCUCCCUACAUAACCCUUUAUUUGUUGUUCAAUCUAGAAUAGUCCUUACCUUAACUUCCAUUGUAUAGCAUGCUUCAAAACACCCUCAAUGGAAGGCAAAGAUGGGCAUGUUUAUCUAGGAUUAGUCUUCUUAAUCAUAGGCCUUUGGCAUCUCUUCAAUCACAUCAAAAACAACAUAACCCUAAAAUCCACACAAUCCUUAACAUGGUUUCCUACCUCAUUCUCAAAAUACUUAGAACAUUACUUCAUUCAAAUUGGAUGUUCUAUAUUCAUAUUUAGUGAAAUGAUCCCUCAUUCGACAUUCGAUAACAAUGGAUCGAUCCUAGCCACACGACUUCACAACCUUGAACAUGUUUCCAUCUCAUUUUCAUUCUUGUUCCAUUCUCUAUUUGCAAUCCUUCUAGACAAAUCUAGAAGUAAUAAGAAAAAAUCAUUAGAUAACAUAAACAUAAGCCAUUUUAUUGUAUCCAUAGCUUUUGCAAACCAACUUCUUCUAUUUCACUUUCAUUCAACGGAUCAUAUAGGCUUAGAAAGUCAAUACCAUUUACUCCUACAACAAAUAGUCAUAGUAUGCUUAUUUACCACACUUUUAAGCAUAUGGGUGCCUAAGAGUUUUAUGGUUUGCUACAUAAGGUCACUUGGUAUAUUUUUUCAAGGUCUUUGGCUUAUUAUCAUGGGAUAUAUGUUAUGGACUCCUAAUUUUGCCCCUAAAGGUUGUUCAAUGAAAAGGGAUGAUUAUGGUCGUAAAGUUAUUAUGUGUAGUGAUGAUGAUGGAUCGUUAAAUCGUGGUAAAGCUUUGGUUAAUAUUUUGUUUAGUUUGGUUUUGAUUUGUGUUUUGGUUUUUGGUGUGGGGUUUUAUUUGCUUGUGGGUAAAGUUUAUGGUGUUGAUGAUGUUAUGGAUGAUGAUGAUGAUGAUGAUGAUGGGGAGGAAAUGAUAUGUCAAAAUAUGGAGGAUCGUAAGAGAUUUCUGUAUCAAAAAAGUGCGGAUUUGGAAGGGUGUUAUGCUACGGCAGAUGCUAAUUUGAUUUAGGUGGAGCCUUCUAAGAGAGGACCGAAGUGGAUGGUACAUACGGUGGGGCACUUAAAAGUUACACUCCCUCCAUAAUACUAAUAACUUUUAUUUUAUCUUUCCACAAAUUAUGGUGAAUGAUAUUGAUUUUCAUUUAUUUCCUUAUAAUUAUAAUAAAUUUUAAUUUAAUUAAUGAUUAAGCAAAAAUUGAUAUUAUUUUUGAAAAACAUCUUCUAAGUUGGUGAUCAUGUUUAGUUAA